GCUUCAAGAGACAGUGAAGAGAAAAUUAGAAGGAGCACGCUCACCCCUCAAUGGAGAACAGCAGAAUGGUGUCUGUGACAGAAGCUUCUCUCCAACUAAUAAGCGGAUACGGAAAGAUGUACAUGGGAUUGAGAGAGUCAAUAGUUUGCCAAACAAUUUGCCUUUGUCUUCUAUUUCUCCUCUUCACCAGCUUGACCUGAAGCCAUCUUUGCCACUGCAAAACAGUGGAACUCAUGAGGGUACCCUGGAAGACUUAGGUAAAAAUGGUGGACUUUCUGACCUAAAACUCCCAAUCAAUGGAUGUACCGAGCUUGAAGAUAGUUUUAACAUUCUGCCCAACAAUAGUAACAGCAACAAAGAACUGAAACAAGAGCCCUUGGAUGAUCCCAACUGCACUGACAAUUCUGACACAUCCCUUUCCAAUCAGAAUAAACUCUUCUCAGACAUUAACCUGAAUGAUCAGGAGUGGCAGGAAUUAAUAGACGAGCUAGCUAACACUGUUCCAGAAGAUGAUAUACAAGAUUUGUUCAAUGAAGACUUUGAAGAGAAAAAGGAACCUGAAUUUCCGAGACCAGCCACAGAGAUUCAGGAGAUUGCCAGUGUUAAAAGUGAUCCAUGUCACUCUCCAUUUGCUCACCUACCAACAGGCUCUCCCCAGGUAAGACCGUCAUCAUCAGGGCCACCAUUUUCAAAUAUCCCUACAGGUCCCAGCCUCCCUGCAGGAUCUAAUGGUCCUCCGGCUCCAAGCCUGGAUAGUUCACUAGCAAACUAUGUGGUUCAGUCCCCUCAGACUCCCAACCAAGCUCAUCCUUCAAACCAAACUCAGUCACGAACAGGCAAUAGUUUCCACAUGAAUCCAACAACAGUGACAACAGCAGGCCCAGGGCCUAGCCAAGUAACUGUGACUAGCACUGACUUGUCUCCAGCUGAGCAGUUGAAGCAGAUGGCAGCCCAGCAGCAACAGCGGGCUAAGCUGAUGCAGCAGAAACAGCCGCCACAGCAUCCAAAUCAAGUAUCUAGCUGGUCGCCAGUGGGGCCUCCAUCUAGUCCUUAUGGAGGACCUUUCAGUACAGAUAAACCAAAUAGCCCAAUGAUGUACCCCCAAGCCUUUAACAACCAAAAUCCUGCAGUGCCUCCCACGGCAAACAACUCACAAAAGACUACAAUAAAUAACUACCUCCCUCAAAACCAUAUCAAUAUGAUUAGUCAGCAGCCAAAUAAUCUGGGUACAAACUCUUUGAGCAAACAAGGCAAUAUGCUUUCUUAUGGCAACACUAAACCUCUGUCUCAUUUCAAUGCUGAUCUUAGUCAAAGGAUGACUCCACCAAUGUCCAAUUCCAACAAGAGUCCUUUGAUGCCAUAUAUGCAGCAGCAGCAACAGAUUCCCCAACAGCCACCAAUUCAGGCUCAAAUGACACCUUUGAGUGAGGAGCAGAAGCGCAUGCUUAUUUUGAAGCAGAAAGGAAUGAUGAACCAGCCAGUAGCUUAUGGAACUCUUCCAUCUCUAGGUCAGGACCAGCACACCGUGGCAUUGUCUCGAUCCACAGGUCCCAUGCAGCCCGCUGUACCUUCAGGACCCAGUAAUGUGGGCACAAAUCCUGGCAAUGCCAAUUUCUUGAGCAACCAACCUCAAGCAGCCAUUAUGAAGCAGAUGCUGAUUGAGCAAAGGGCCCAACUCCAUAUGAUGGAGCAGCAGAAGCAACAGUUUCUUCUAAGGGAGCAACGGCAGCAGCAGCAGAUCUUGGCAGAACAACAUUUACAGCAACAGUCACAUUUGCCUCGGCAGCACUUUCAGCAACAGCAGCGAAAUCCUUAUCCAGUCCAACCAGUCACUCAGUUUCCAGGUUCUCCACAAGAUAUAGGUGCAGUAAGAAAUCAGACUGUCCUUCAGAGCAUGAGGACUUCCCAAAUGAUACCUCAGAAUGCUAGCAUGAUGUCUUUGGGGGCCUCUCAGAACACUGCAGCAAUCUCUGCAACAGGUAGUCAGCCUGAGAUGGGAAUGACUCCUUACAGCAGCUCAAUGACUGGCCAGCCAGGAAUGUACAACAUGAACUCUGGAAUGAGCCAAAUGUUGCAGCACCCAAACCAAAAUAAUAUAAAUAUAACACACAAUCCAAGUCAGGGGCCAAGGCAGCCCAGUUCAACGCAAGGAGUUGGCAUAGUCAGCAGCUUUGGUCCAAAUGUUUUAGUAAACUCUACUGUAGCUCAACAACAUCAGCAAAUGAAAGGACCUGUGGGACAAGUUAUGACCAGAACACAAGCCCCCAGACUUCAAAAUAUGAUGGGGUCAGUCGCACAAGGAACAGCAAACUGGCAGGCAAGAGGACUGCAAGGUAUUCCUGGAAGGACUAGCAAUGAAAUUGGAUCUUUCAAUAAUGGAUCUGCUUACUCAAUGCAAUCAAGUCAGCAAAGGCCGCCUAAGCAACAUUUUCCUCAAAGUAUUGGUCAAUCUAUUAUGGACACAAAUGGAGCAGUUCGGUCACUGAACUCAGGUGUAGGGAGACAGAUGUUGCAACAACUCCCUGGACAACAAGGAACCAAUAACCAAUCCAGAUCAAUGGUUAUGGCUACAAUAAGUCAGGCAGUUUCUUCUCUAACUGGUUUUAAUCAGUCUUCUGCACAACAAAUACCAGGAAGUAGCUUCAGUCAGAGCAGCCAAGGUCAGAUCUACGAGAGGAAUCCCACUCAAGACAUAUCUUAUAGCUAUAGCAGUGAAGGAACUGGAGGCUCCUUUCCAAAUAUAACUGAAAGCACCGAUCUUGUAGAUUCCAUCAUUAAAAGUGGUCCAGGAGAUGAAUGGAUACAAGAACUUGAUGAACUGUUUGGAAAUCCAUAGCACAUGGAGACGUUCAGUUCCAAUAUUUAUGGGGUCAAAAAAGGAAAGCAGGAUGAUGUCCAUCCUUGUUUCUUUGUUUUGUUUUUAAAGCUGUGCAAAGCUAGCUGAUCUGUGAAGGCAUAGAUGGAAUUUGAAGCAAUGACAAAAAGUCCUUGCCAACUUCCCACAGCAGUCUCCUAUCUGCUGCAGGUCAGAAUGAGAGAGAGAAAGAGAGAUUGAGAGAGAAAGAGAGAAAGAGAGAGAGAAGCUCAAAAAGUGCUGCUUUCUGCCUAUGGGUCACAGAAAGUGGCAGGCAGUUUCCAUGUGCCAAAGCACUGGCUGUCCUCUAACAAUGCACUUUCUAUGCAGUUCUCUAAGAGCUGUUGUAGUUUUCAGGAUACAGAACAGGCAGCUUCUGAGAUAAAGCAGGAGAGUCAAAGCUAGGCGACUGCACAAGUGACAAACACAAAGACCUUAACUCUGAAUUUAAUAAAUACCAAGCUUUUCCAUGCAAUGUGUGUAAUCUGAUAGAGAACUACAUAAAGGUUGUUUGAAUGUGGUAAUGACAAUGAUACCAGCACUGAACAAGUUCAGUCAGUGCCCUAUCAAUGCUUCUUAAGGUGCAUGAUGUAUUCUAGUGAAAGAGUUCAUCUUUUCUCUAUUGUCCAUUUCCUGCAUAAUCAAGUGAUUCCUGACUUUAACUAUGAGGAAAAACACAGCGUAGGACAAGCAAGAUUGUAUAAUAAUUGUAUUACUCACUGGCUGCCUCCAAAGAUAGUGAUGCAAUACAAAAGCAAUUGAAAAAAGGGAGAUAGGUCUAAGGAAAUGAAAACAUUGAUAUUGAGUGUGUUCCAGAGGUGGUAUUCAGCCAGUUCUCUCCAGUUCAGGUGAACCGGUAAUGGUGGCUGUGGGAGUCUUCACCCACCCACCCCGACAUAAUGCGUGAGCAGUGCACAUGCACAGAAGGCGGCACACAUGUGCAGACAUGGUGCAUGUGAGUGAAGCAAGCGCGUGCGUGCUCAUAUUUACGAACCAAUAGGGAAGGUGACUGAAUCCCACCUUUGGUGUGUUCUUUUUAUGAACAUACAGGAUCAAGUGAAGUUGGGCUAUACAAACUUUUGGCUUGAUCUUCCAAAGAUGUCAGGAGAAUCAAGGAACAACUGCUCUAAAGAUCACACAGAGAGGGGCCAAUAACUGUAUUGGCUGCCAUAUACAGUACAUUGAACACCCCUAUCGAAGCAUCCUGGACAGAUUGAGAAUGAGUUUAUGGUCUAUGUUCUUCAAACACAUGUCCUCCUUUUUACACGUCCUACUUUCUGCAAGCCCUAAGCUCUUUAAAAUGACUAAACUGAUCAAUGAAAAGCAAAUUUAAAAAAAUAAAAAUCCAUUGAUGUAAUUUUUAGUAGCAGUUGUAUAUAAGCAUAUGGCAUUGCAAAUAUUUUUUCAUAGAGUUGUGCAAUUUGAAGUACUAGAAUUUAACUGCAAGUCUUUUAGGUCCUUUUAAGAGUUUAGAUUGGCAUUAUUUGUAACAUUGGAAAUUGAAUGUGUGACCACCUAUCUGUAUGUUGAACACGGGGUUCAUGUUAAAUACAUCCACAUCCAGAGCAUUCUCAGGGUCUGUUUUAUAUGUUUUUUCUUACAUACAGUUUUCCAUCUAAGCUCAUUGUUUUAGAGAUAAUAUUUUUGGUAGAAUAGCAGCAGACAGUGAGGAGACUAUUUCUGCAGCCAUUCAUUCUCUGGUUCAUGACAUUCUCUGAUUGUAUCUCUUACACUUUUCCAGGAUAAGAUUACCAUGAAUAUUGGAAGAAAUGUUUUAAAAGCAUGUAGAGAAGCACUGAACACCUCAUUUAUCCAUAAUUUUCUUCCUCUAGAAACAGCUUUUCCUGAAAUAUGAAGGAGUGGGCAGGGUUUUAGUUACGUGUUAUACUUAAAGUAUUUUUAGCCCAUCAAACACUUUGGGUUUGGCUAUAAGAUUUAAAUGGCAUGGGAGUAAAAUUCCUAUAUACAGUCUGCCGUAUAUCCUACUGAAAUUAUUGGCAGAUUUUUUUUGCUGACUCUCAUGAGAGUUAACUUCUUGUCAGUACUAAAAUAUACAUUGACCAAUGCAUUUCCACGUUGGUAGAUUUGACAUUUGGCCUAAAAAUUGUGUCCUUAUAAAAAAUAAAUUUUAUCAUGCACUCUGCACAGUGUGCCAAAUUGAUCAUAGCACAUACAUAGGAGUGCAUGCAAAGAUCCAAAGAAGUUUUAAUCCACUCAUGUAUCAAAUGUAUUUAAUACAACUCGACCACAUUCAGAUGAAAAAGAAAAGAAAUUAGUGUUAGUGUGCUACAGCAGUCAGAUGAAGCUUAAAAAUGUGACCAGUUAAGUAUGCAAAAAUUAGGAAAGAAGUCAAGUGAAUGUUUUAUCAUCUCCCUCAAAAAAAAACAUUAUUCUUUACUGGAAAUAUUGAUAAGAGAGGAUUUAUGGGGCAAUCCUAUGUAUUCAGAAAUAGGUUCCAUUGUCUUUGAACUAAACCCAGGUAAGGGGCUAUAGAAUUUCAACAUUAAAACAUGAGUUUCAUCUACACAAAUUCCAGUAAGUUCCUUUUUAUUAGAAUAAUAGAGAAAUUAACUUUGUGUUUGAUAAUGCAUUCAUAAAAAGUUUAUUAUAUUUGUAAAUUUUCCUCCAAGUCCUUUAAACUGGGACCAAGUAAUAAAAAUACUGUUUAAUAUUGGGGGAGGGCUCUUUUUAACUAUGGUGCUGGUGUACAUGAAAUGGUUUUUUUUAAAAAACUUGUAAAUAUGUUUUUACAAUCUGCUGAUAUCACUGGGUCUAGUCUGUAAAAUAGAAACAUAUAAAUAAAUAUUGUAUUAUAUUGUGCUAUAUAUAUAGAUGUAUAUAAAUAUAUAUACAUGCACACACAACAUGCAAACACAGACAUAUGUAUGUAAUAUGUUUGUUUAAAAUAGAAUUUUAUUUCAUUUUCAUUUAUCUAUACUGCAGUGAUAACUGCACUUCAGAUGUCCUGUUACCA